AAGGAUGAGGUCUUAAGAGAGGGGCGGAGUCAGAUUUGGCCACACCCCUUACGCUGUGCGUGCCUCUCCGUCUGCUUUCGUGCUCUGUUUUCUGUCAGUCCUUCGCUGGGAACCGGCUGAACAAGAUGGCGUCCCGGACUAUGCAAGCUGCGAGAUGUCCCACAGAUGAACUUUCCUUAAGCAACUGUGCUGUGGUCAAUGAAAAGGACUUUCAGUCUGGCUUGCAUGUGGUAGUGAAAACCUCACCAAACCACAAAUACAUUUUUACACUAAGAAGUCAUUCCUCAGUUGUUCCAGGCACCAUCGCCUUCAGCCUACCACAGAGAAAAUGGGCUGGACUCUCUAUUGGGCAAGAAAUAGAUGUUUCUUUGUAUAACUUUGAUAAGACCAAACAGUGCAUCGGCACUAUGACCAUCGAGAUCGACUUUCUGCAGAAGAAGAGUGUAGACUCUAAUCCUUAUGAUUCAGACAAAAUGGCAGCAGAGUUCAUCCAGCAGUUCAACAAUCAAGCAUUCACAGUUGGACAGCAGCUUGUCUUUAGCUUCAAUGACAAGCUUUUUGGCCUCUUGGUCAAGGACAUUGAAGCCAUGGAUCCCAGCAUCCUUAAAGGAGAACCUGCUUCAGGAAAAAAACAGAAGAUCGAUGCUGGUCUUGUUGUUGGGAACAGUCAAGUUGCAUUUGAAAAGGCAGAGAACUCUUCCCUCACUCUCAUUGGAAAAUCAAAAACUAGAGAAAAUCGUCAAUCUAUCAUUAAUCCAGAUUGGAAUUUUGAGAAGAUGGGCAUUGGUGGUCUUGAUAAGGAAUUUUCAGACAUUUUUCGGCGUGCAUUUGCCUCCCGGGUGUUCCCACCUGAGAUUGUGGAGCAGAUGGGCUGUAAGCAUGUGAAAGGCAUCCUCUUAUUUGGCCCCCCUGGAUGUGGUAAGACUUUGAUGGCCAGGCAAAUUGGCAAGAUGUUGAAUGCCAGAGAACCAAAAAUAGUGAACGGACCUGAAAUCCUCAACAAAUAUGUUGGCGAGUCAGAGGCCAACAUUCGCAAGCUCUUUGCAGAUGCUGAAGAAGAACAAAAAAGGCUUGGUGCAAACAGUGGUGUCCAUAUCAUUAUCUUUGAUGAGAUUGAUGCCAUCUGCAAACAACGAGGAAGCAUGGCAGGCAGUACUGGCGUCCAUGACACAGUUGUGAACCAGCUCUUGUCCAAAAUCGAUGGAGUUGAGCAGCUGAACAACAUCUUGGUCAUUGGCAUGACCAAUAGGCCAGACCUGAUAGAUGAGGCUCUUCUGCGACCUGGAAGACUGGAGGUGAAAAUGGAGAUUGGUUUGCCAGAUGAAAAGGGGCGACUACAGAUUCUCAACAUCCAUACUUCAAGGAUGCGGACCCACCAGCUACUUGGGCAUGAUGUUGACAUUGCAGAGCUGGCAGUGGAGACCAAGAACUUCAGUGGUGCUGAGCUUGAGGGUCUAGUUCGCGCAGCACAGUCCACUGCUAUGAACAGACACAUUAAGGCCACCUCCAAAGUAGAAGUUGAUAUGGAGAAGGCGGAAUCUCUGCAGGUGACAAGGUGUGACUUCUUUGCUUCUCUGGAUAAUGAUAUCAAGCCGGCAUUUGGGACCAACCAGGAGGAUUAUGCAAGCUAUAUCAUGAAUGGCAUUAUUAAAUGGGGUGAUCCUGUCACUCGGGUGCUGGAUGAUGGUGAACUUUUAGUUCAGCAGGCCAAAAACAGUGACCGUACCCCCUUGGUCAGUGUCCUUUUGGAAGGUCCCCCUCACAGUGGGAAGACAGCCCUGGCUGCAAAGAUUGCGGAAGAAUCUAACUUCCCCUUUAUCAAGAUCUGCUCUCCUGACAAGAUGAUUGGCUUUUCAGAAACUGCCAAAUGCCAAGCAAUUAAGAAGAUCUUUGAUGAUGCUUACAAGUCACAGCUCAGCUGCGUGGUUGUGGAUGACAUUGAAAGGCUUCUUGAUUAUGUUCCAAUUGGACCCCGAUUCUCCAACCUGGUGUUGCAGGCUCUUCUGGUGUUACUGAAGAAAACUCCACCUCAGGGCCGCAAGCUCUUGAUUAUUGGGACCACCAGUCGCAAGGAUGUCUUGCAGGAAAUGGAGAUGCUGGAUGCUUUCAGCACAAUGGUCCAUGUUCCAAACAUUGCUUCAGGAGAGCAUCUCAUGGAGGCCCUGGAGCUCCUGAGUGGCUUUAAAGACAAAGAACGCAGCACUAUUGCCCAAAGUGUCAAAGGGAAGAAGGUUUGGAUUGGAAUCAAGAAACUCCUGAUGCUGAUUGAGAUGUCAGUACAGAUGGAUCCUGAGUAUCGAGUGAGAAAAUUCCUGGCACUUCUAAGAGAAGAAGGAGCUAGCCCACUGGAUUUAUAAUGAAGCCAGAGUCAUCUUCGGAAGCCACAGGCUGGAAAAGCAAUCAUGCAGGAGGCUAUCCCACUGGAACCGUCGUCUCUCUUCCGUGUGGUGCAUCCGGACAACAGCAUAACAUUCAGAGACUUCCCUAUCUCUCCUUUUUGCAUGUGGGACACAACCAAAUGCUCCACCCUUUGUCAUCUGUUGUCUUCAGUAUCCUGAUGUUUUGUGGCAAAUCAUAUCUCUUCUAACGUAAUUGCUUUUGUACUGUGCCGCUUGCUGCACCUGUUCAAUCGAUGUUGGUGCACAAAGAGGAGGAAUGGAAAUUUGCCAAGUACAGGUCUGUAGAUGUUAAUGCUGACACUCAGAGUAGCUCCUUCCGAAUAGGGAAGUCUUUUCUCAUUCCUAACCCACAGCACUCCAAUGUGAAAGAUUAUUAAAGUUUGCAGAGUUCUAAAUGCACUUUAAACCCAGUGGCUACUCUGACGGCUCCUUCCCCAUCUUGUUGUAUAACUGCUCCUUUCUUAUAGGCCUGUACCACAUUGUGGAGCUCCUUAGACUAACAUAGCUCUAGAAUUAAAUGCAAUCACUUGUUUCAUAUGAACUAGGAUCCAGAGAAUAUGUUCUGCCUAGAUUUUCCUAAAAAAUAUAGACUAUCAUAGCAGUAACUUUGGAGGCUCAAUAACAUCUACAGUGGCUGCAUCCAGUUUACCUCCAGGGCUGUUUUCCUAUCAGUUACAAUAGCAGUGAUAGGAUUCUGGUGUAAUUAUGGUUUUGGUCUUAGAAAUAUAAUAUAGUUGUACCUAUGGAAGCAGAGUGAAUGAGAUUCCUCUAAAACUUCAGGGAGAAGAGGGAAUCCUGAUUGUUAUGAUACUGGCUGUUAUUUGCUGGAGUCAUAUCUGAUCUCUUCUAAGGGAAGGUUACACAUGUUUAUUUGGUUCUCCAGAUGUUGUUAGACUGCAAAUCACCAUGGCACUUGAGAGCAUAGCCAGUGGAAGAUAAUCAUACAGUUAAAACAUCUGAAGGGCCACAGUUGCUCAUUCUUGAAUUAGAAACAUGCAGCUUCUACAGUUUGUAGUGCAGGUAAUGCCAUUCCUCUGGCAAGUGAAAUGUCUGCACUGUUAGUCUUUCUUUUAUCAAGAGCAAUGUAUUGCAUGGCCCUGAAUACAAGUGGCUGGAUCAAUCUGUCAGUUUGAUGAUGUCCUUUAUUACUGGCAUGGCUCCUCUUUAAGCUGCAUAAAUUGAAGAUGAAAAUAACAUGUGAUUUCCUCCAAACCUUUGCAGCAGAAGUUCUGUUAGGAGCUGCUACAGUGGACUUGAAUCACAACUGAAUAAUGUUUAUUUUAAUGUGGGUUAGUCUGUUUUUUUUAAAAAGAAAUGCCUUUGGUUUUUUCUUUUAAUGUUGAAAAUUAUGUGAAUCCUUGGCGGACCUAUAAGAUCCCUUCUUUUUUUUAGGUUGUGUGAUUGGGCUGCUUCCACCUGCACCCUUCUCUCUACCACCAAUCUUGCAAACCAAAACCCCUUUUCUUUUUUCCUCAUCUUUCAGUGAAAGCAACACACACACAUUGUAUUAAAUGUAAUGUCUUGGAGGAAAUGAUGUAAACAUUUUUAUUGUGUUUUUUGUCCAAAGCUAUAUUGAGAGAGAAAAAUACAAAUAUAUAUAUAUAUGUAAACAGUUA